UGGGGAGCCGGUGAUGGGAGAAAGCGCGCUGGAGGCAAAAAGCACGCCCCGAGCCUCCCACCGGGCCGGGCUGGGCCGGGCGCGGUGGCCCUGAGCCAGGGCGCUGUGCUCGGGGCUGGGAGACGAGCUGUGAGAGAGGCGGCACCCAGCGGCAAAGUCCGGUGCAAGCCCAGGGGCCAGGUGGAGCGCACUGGUCUCCGUCCGUAAAAGGUGCGCAGGCCACCCGCCCGUGAGUUGAUCGCUCGGCGGGAAAGAGGCGGGAGCCGCAGUGUGAGCAGGCGAGAACUCCUCCCCCGGCGCCUCCACUAUCUGGGUCAGGACACCGCCGGACCUUGGGACCCACAGGCUCCGGGGCUACUGUCGGCCCGCCACUUCCCUCUCGACGGCUCCUCCUCAAGUUGCAGGUCUCCGACUGCAGAAAGGCCCUAGCAGGGAGCACAAGGGCGCGCACAGAAGCAAAAACCAAGAAAUGCCUCAUUCCACAAACAAAGAAGUGAUACUUGGCAUCGUGGUGGGAACUACAGGAAUCAGCUUGCUUCUUUUGUGGUACCACAAGGUUCGUAAACCAAGGACAGCGAUGGAUUUACCUGGAUUUCUUUCUCUGAGUAAUGCCUUUGAUUUGAUGACUUUGCAAGAUGAAACACAUAAUGGUCAAGAAACAACAGCAACCUUUCAAGGAAGGCAACUUCAGAUACUGGAGAAGUUAAAUGAAUUACUGACAAAUAUGGAAGAACUCAAAGAGGAAAUCAGAGUUCUUAAAGAAACCAUUCCAAAGCUGGAGGAAUAUAUACAAGGUGAACUUGGAGGGAAGAUAACUGUUCAUAAGAUAAGUCCUCAGCACAGAGCUAGAAAAAGAAGACUUACCACAGUUCAAAGUUCAGCAACAAGUAAUAGUUCAGAGGAAGCAGAAAGUGAAGGAGGGUAUGUUACAGCUAAUACUGAUACUGAAGAACAGAGUUUUCCCAUCCCUAAGGCAUUUAACACUCAUGUAGAGGAAUUAAAUUUAGAUGCCCUUAUUCAGAUGGCUGAUAAUUUACGAAUGAAUGAGUCCACCAAAAUGGAGAGUUUUGAACUACUUUGUGACCACAAAGAAAAGUUUAGAGAUGAAAUAGAGUUUAUUUGGCGGUUUGCUCGUGCUUAUGGAGACAUGUAUGAGCUAUCUACAAAUGCACAGGAAAAGAAGCAUUAUGCUAAUAUUGGAAAGACAUUAGGAGAAAAAGCUAUUACUAGAGCACCCAUGAAUGGAUAUUGUCAUCUGUGGUAUGCAGUUUUGUGUGGCUAUGUAUCUGAGUUUGAGGGCUUACAAAACAAAAUCAACUAUGGAUAUCGCUUCAAGGAACAUCUAGACAAAGCAAUUGAAUUUUUACCUGAAGAACCCUUUUUAUAUUACCUCAAGGGAAGAUACUGUUACACUGUCUCCAAACUGAGCUGGAUUGAGAAAAAAAUGGCUGCUACUCUGUUUGGGAAAAUACCAUCCUCAACUGUACAAGAAGCUUUGCAAAAUUUUCUUAAGGUCGAAGAACUGCACCCUGGUUUUUCUAAGUCCAAUUACAUGUUCUUGGCCAAGUGUUAUAUCGAUCUGGACCAAACAGAUGAUGCUGUGAAGUUCUGUAAUUUGGCAGUGUUGCUUCCUUGUGUUACCAAAGAGGAUAAAGAUGCACAGAAAGAGGUGAAAAAAAUAAGUACUUCUUUGAAGAGGUAAAUAAAAGAACUUGCUCUUCAACAAAUCAGAUGUGGUCUACUAAAAUUUAAACUAAGCAAAGUCGUGGUUUUUUAUUAUGCUUUUUUCUUUUUUGAUGUAAAGGUAAUGUGCUCAUAUUUGAAGGUAAAAGUAUGUUUCUGCAGAAUGCAUUCCACUAGUAGCACUACAAAACUAAUCAUGUUAUUUGGAGAAAUCUCUUUCUUAUGAUGUCAGUACAAAAUGAUCUUUAAAUAUGUAUGCUUUUUAUUUUUCCUAUUAAUGAACUAUAGUCUUCAGAAUAUUUCUUUAAAUAAAAUAUUUAAAUCAGUUAAAUAAAAUGAAACCUAGUGAGUGUUUUAUUGCUGCUUCAAUGGAGACUUUACCAAAAAAAAAGAAAAAUUCAUUAAUGUGGAUGAAGAAUGGGAAAAAGUAGACCAAGGACAUGAACAAGUGGUUGAUUGGAGAGGAAAAAAAAGGGGGAGGGAUAUAACUACUACUAAGAGAAAUGUGAAGAAGAUUACAGUAAGAUACUGUUUUACCAUC